UAGAUCUUUGGGGGCCUUUACUCUGCCCUUGUAUUUACAAGCCCCAAAGCCACUACCCACAGCCAGAUUUCUUAAAAUCCUUUUUCCUCCCCCAUCCACUCCCUAACUGCAACUGCUUUCCCUUUGCCUCUUCAAUAUCUCCCCCCAUCCCCCCCCAAAAAAACCUCUGUCACAGCCCAGCCCUGAGCUGCCUCCUUUAUCCUGGCGUCCCCUUCCUCGUGGGCCUGGGGAGGGGAAACCGCUCCAAAAGGAAAGCGGGCUGCGGGCGGGAGAGUCCCCUCGCGGGUGUCCGCGUGCAGCCUUGGGGUGGGACGCAGCUACCUUUGGCGACCUCUGCCCCGCCCCAGGCCCUGCCGACGGCCAGGCACACACGGGUCCCCAACUUCUGUCUCCUCCUAGACCUCGUCCCUCAUAGCGCUACUGGCUGUGUCGACCUCGACCCGCGGCGAGGACACUCGGAGCUCUCCACGCCGGAGCCCAGACCCCACACCCACGAACCCUGGAGGGAGCUUUCCCCCCGCCCCCUCGCGAGCCGCCCCCUCCAGCCCCCGCCCCGCGCCGCGCCCGCCGGCGGCCGUCUCCAUGGCGCGGGGCGCACGCGGGAAGCCGGCCAGAGAGGGACGCGGGAACCCGGCGCCCGGGGCAAGUUACAAUUUUCAGAAUCCAUAUGGAAUCUAACCCUGUAAGACAAUGCCAAGAGAGAAAGAAGGAAAACAAAAAACUAAAGAAACACCCCUGCCCAUCGUUCCAAUUCUUCAAAAGUUCCUGAAGACCUAUCAGAAGCGUUGUGCACAGACUCAGACAUCUGUGUGUCCAGCCAUCAAACAGGACUUGAAAACCAGCAUCAACAACGAACAGAUUCUCAGGAAAUUUAUGCUUGUAAGACCUGAUGACUCCCCACCAAGCAUCCUGCCAAUUUCCUUGGGACCUUUGCUCAUGACAAUUCGAGAUGAGUGUUACCUGCUGGGGAAGGAGAUCUGUAUCUGGGGCCUUCAGCUGAGUAACCCAGAGAUUGCCAGACUGGCUUCACUUCUGGAAUUGAAGGGGCGUACCACCUGCCCAUUUACCACCCUGGAACUCAUUGACUGCAGGAUGGAUCUGUGGUCUCUCCAGAGACUGGGCAGGGCUCUGCCAUGCAGCUAUUUGCAUUCUCUUGUCCUGGAUUACUGCAGAUUUGGAAAUGAAGAAAUUGAGGGUAUUUUCUCAGGCCUGGAGAACAACCAAAGGCUUCAAGUCCUCAGUCUGCGCUACUGUGGUCUGGGGCCACAAAACGGGCCGCGGCUGGGCUCCAUCAUAUGCCAGAGCUCCAUUUGUGAGCUGCACCUUGAUGGCAAUUACUUACAGUGUUCUGGAGCCCUGGCUCUCCUCAGACCCAUAGCAGAGUACGCAGAGAUGCAGGGGAAAGACCAGCCAGACACCAGGAACUCCCCUCAGCAGCUGCAGGCCAAACAGAGGGCAAGUUCAACUUCGAACCGGAUUACAAAGCCAUCUGGUGCUGAAACAGGGAAAACUGCUUCAGGGAAGGAGAGGAGAAAAAAAGGAAUCAAAAAAAUUAAAGAUUCGGCUGGUCCUUGGUUAGUGAAAUUGUAUUUGGCAGAUAAUGGCAUAGAUGGAAAAGGAAAAGAAGGAGAAAAUGGCUUGUUGGAAUUCACUCAAAUUUUAACAUGCCUGAUCAAAUACUCUGCUCACUUAAGGGAAAUUGACCUUGGAAACAAUGUCCUGGGAGAAAUGGCUGCUACUGACAUACUUGAAGCAUUAAGAGCCAGAAAGACAGGUAAACGUCCAGUCUUAAAAAUUACAGUCACUCCUCAAAUAUCUUCAGAAACCUUCAGAUCUAUUUGGAAAAAUAGCAAGAAAUCUAGUAUUACCUGUAAAAAGAAGAAAAAGGUAUGCUCUCGGAUGUCUGUGUCUGUGAAUUUCAGCCACCAGGGGAGUGCUGUAUGGAUUCCUGGGCACUAAACUGGGGUAGAUGCCAUCCUCAGCAGAUUUUGCACUUGAUAAAAUCAUGAGAAUUUUGGUUCUGGGUAACAGUAUCCUUGUGAUGGAUGAUGAUUGUACAAAGGACAAGUAGUAAGGGAACAACAUAGUUCCCUCAAAUGUUAGUGCAAAUCUUGCCUCCUGUCUUCAGCUUUCCCACUUCCCACCCAAAUCCUGGUUCCUGUUAGCUUAUUGUGGAUUUGAAAUGGUGAAUUUACUCAAACUAUUUAUGAAGCAUGUGGGAUCUAUUAGGGGGUAAUGAUUUACAUAUGUUUGCUCUUUAUUGUAUGAAGUUGAACUUCCUUUUUUUUUUUUAAUUUGUGAUUCUUGUUCAUUA